AUGCAGUUCCUCGUCGCCAUCACCGCACUCUUUGCCAGCGUCGCCGUCUCGGCACCCCUUGAGGAGCGUCAGAUCUACCUCCCUUGCUCCGGCCUCUACGGAACUUCCCAGUGCUGCGCUACCGACGUCCUCGGCAUUGCCAACCUCGACUGCGGCAACCCUCCUGAGGUCCCGACUUCUGCUGAUAACUUCAGCGCAGUCUGCUCGGCCAUUGGACAGCGUGCUCGCUGCUGCGUCUUGCCCAUUGUGAGUUCUAAUCGAUUUGUGCCUAUAAGAAGACUCAAUGGAUGCUAA